UAUAGAUCUGUGCUUUCUCCAUUUGUCCUACCGUUUUUUGAAUAUUCCCCCACCUGUACACAGGUGUUGGGCUGCAGUAUAUCUGCCAACUUGAGGGUGCUGAUUCCUCUGGCUAGCAGAGAGGACCAGGGGCGGACUGACCAUUUGGAAACUCGGGCACUGCCUGAGGGCCCGCGAUGCCCCUGGUACCUUUUUCAUAGGCUUUUUUGAGUUUGGGCAAGGACACAGGGGCCCCAUGAUCCCCUAUUGCCCGGGGGGCCCCAUGAG